UUACCUUUUUUGUAUGGUUGGUCAACUACGUGGUCAUAGAGCUUGGAAAGCAAGCCGCGAAUGUCUAUGGGGUUUGAAGGCUUCGAGCCAAUAUUCGGCGAACCCAAGGUGCAGUGGGCCACCGCACAGGACUCCCUUUCGCUUCGUCCCUUUCUGUUCCUUGUCCAUGCUCCUGAUCCUUCCCACCUCCGAAUCCAUGUCACUGAUUUCAACUCCAAUACGUGGGAGGCCGUUCGGUCGGUGGUGCAGCUCGAGGACAUGAGGGACAUCAUUGGAAUAGGGGGCUCUUGGUCUGAGUUUGUUGACUAUUUUAUAGCCUCCAUAAAAUCUGAAGAAUUGAAGCUUGUUAUGGAGGGAGAUUCAAACUCUGAGGGUGCUGCAUAUGCAAAAUUAGUUUCCCAGAAAUCCAAAGGAAUGCCGCUAAUUUUCAUUCCUCUCACAAAACUUGUGGACUCUGCAGCUACUGAGGCUAUGGCAAACCUUUCUUUGGAGCUCUUCAAAGCUUUCAACAAUGUGCGGUAUUUAUUAGUAGAAGAGCAAGAGCACUCGCUUCAACUGAUGAAGGAGAUAUCAACUGAGAAGGAAAGGAAUGAAAGUAUACAGAGCCAACUUGAGCAAUAUUCAAAGAGGCAGAAGUUGCCUAAGAUGAAUGCCUCUGACAAAGCAGAUGCCUCUGCUCCUUUAAUGAGUAAUGGUUUGCAAAAUUCGCCAGACAAGCUAAGAUCUCAAGAUGCAGGCUCAAAAAAAGUUAACAACCGUGUUGUGCCAGCACAUCGCCGGGCCAAAGCAAGAGGUGUUAUUCUGCGUGAUACUGACGAUGACAAAGAUGCUUAACUGAAAAGAUUUGGGAAAUGUUAUGUAAACAGAAGAUUUUUAGGUUUAGAACUCUGUUCUCUUAAAUUCGUACUGAAAGAAGGAAUUCACACUGGUAGAUCAGCUUCAGUUUAUGCAAAUGAAAACUGGUUGAUGUUUUCAAUCUUUA